CCAAUUUCCAAUGUUUAUUUCCGGGUAAAUAGAAAGUAGAAGUAAGUGGUUCGAAAUGUUUAGUAGCAAGGAGCAAUUAGAUAAAAGAACAGGACCUUAUGGUAUUGGAAGACUAAGUUAUUUACAGUCUCUUGUCACAGAAUAUCAAGACACAAACAGCCUUGAAUCAAAGCAGCAAGUGUUGGCAAACCUGGCAAACUUUGCAUAUGACCCAGUAAACUAUGAUUACUUCAGAACAUUGAACAUGCUGGAUCUCUUUCUAGAUGCUAUUGAGGAAACAGAUGACCAAUUGGUAGAAUUUGCUGUGGGAGGUAUAUGUAAUUGCUGUUUAGAUAAAGAAAAUAAGGAAUAUAUCCUGAAGAAUAAUGGUGUUCAGUUGGUAAUUAAAUGCUUAUCAAGUACAAAUGAAGAAACAGUAUUGUCAGCCAUUACAACCCUGAUGUAUCUGACUACACCUAAUUCUAAAACAGAAAUAUGCAGUGUACCCGUUGUGGAAUGUAUGCUGAGAUUUAGUCAAGCUUCCAACAAAAGAAUUGGUAAUCUAGCUGAGGUAUUUUUACAGGAUUAUUGUACCAAUCAACAAAAAAGUGAAGCUCUGAAGAUACAAGCACAAUUCAGUAAUCAAGAAAAUACAACUUGACCUUCAUACCAAAAGUUCUUUGCAUCAAAGUACCAAAAUCAAAUAUGAUUGAAUACUGUGAAGUCAGUCAAUCAUUAAAUCUUAAAAGUAUGUAGCUGCACAGAUCAAAACAUUCUGUAGAGAGAAGGCUGAAAAUAGUGGACAUUUUGUAAUGUGAAAAUUUUCAAUAUUCCAGUGAACUGAUGUGCAAUAUAUGAUUUUUAUUUUAAUAAAUUUAUGUAUUUUG